AUGUCUGCGAUCAAUGCUAUCGGCGCAAGCUUAGCUGUUCUCGCGAAAAGCCUGCAUGUGAACGAUGUCAGCAGUCUGCCCACCAGUGCACGUACAGUGUCGCUCGGCCUGCUGGUCGUCCAAGACGACCAGACUCUGGUGAGAGUCGUCAGCAUAGACGCUCGAUUAAAUUCUCAAGCCAGUGUCCAGCCUGCUCAGAAGGAAGGGACAAUGCACGAAACCGUGGGAGCCCAGAUGCGCAAUAACUCCGACAACUCUGACACGACUAUGUUAUUUCGCUCGGAUCUGGGUACAGCAGCACGAUCUCUAAACUAUACAGUACAACCCGAUCAGACGUACAAAAACCAUUCAAGUCGUCCUAGCGAAGAAACUACAGGCAUGCAAUCGGAGCUCCAGGUUCAGACGUCAGAGCAGCCACCCAAUUCCACAGAUGCGUCAGAGCGAAUAGCCACGACUAGCCUCAACUGUGACAUACUAUCACCACUGCCGCACGCGUUAGACGGAGAGUUCCUAGACCUCAAUUUCCCGAGCCAGGAAGGUCUCUACAUCGACCUAGAACUUCAGCACUCCAACUCAGUUAGCAGUAACAGCGACGGAAGGUGUCACUGCUGUUUAUCUCUCAUGCAAUCCCUGAACAGAAGGCGACAGGAAGACUAUACAGACCGCGAUCCUCUGAGAACAAUUCAAUCACUUAACGGAGCUGCAGAACAAUUCCUCAUGUGCGAUGUUGGCCACGGCAAGCUAUGGUACCUCAUUUUAUUAGCUCUCUACCAAGACGCAGACGAUAAUCUAAGGCUACCAGAAGAGAUCCAGGAGAUGGCCGGUACACACUCUAGAAGAGACUCCCAUAGCGGCACAAAGUCAAGCUUGAACGGUACGCAUCCCAACAGGAGAAACGUUUUGCUGAAAACGUUUGUUCUGCUCUCAUGA